AUGCCGAAGCAUGUCAAUGCCCCUGUUUCGGCUUCUCGCGCUCGGUCUCUCCAUCCGCGACGUCGACUAGAUAGCCCGAACCCUCGCAAAGCGCCGAACACAUUGCGGUUUUUGUACUAUCCCACACUCCUACCGGACACGGACUACGUUCCCGAAGUGGACAUUCGAGCAGGCGCACAUUCCGACUACGGAAGCAUUGCCCUGCUUUUCACAAGACCGGACCAGCCCGGCCUGGAAAUCUUGGGACCCGACCGAUCUUGGGCGAGCGUGCCGGUAUUUCCGCCGGACUACCACUCCAAGACGUUCCCGCCGGUGGUCGUGAAUAUUGGUGACUUGUUGAGCUACUGGACCAAUGGGCUGCUGAAAUCGACCAUUCAUCGUGUGGUCUCGACCUCCACUGGCACGAAUGAUCAUCCCGCUUCUGAAAGCGGCGUGGCUCUGGCCAGCAGUGCUCCACACCUUGGCAAUGCGAAAGAUGCCAAUGGUCUAGGUGCGGAUCGAUUCUCGAUCGCAGUCUUCGUUCAACCUCACGAGGAUACGGAGUUGGUUCCUAUGCCAUCGCCACUUGUGGAGAAGAGAGCGGGAAAUAUGAAAGCAAAGAAGGUAGGCCACGGUGGUGGUAUUCUCGAUGCCGAGUGUAUGAGGACUUUGACAGCGGGUGACUAUUUGAGCAGGAGAUUACAGGCCACAUAUGGCAAUGUUUACGAAAGGGAGAAAAGGGCCGCAAAGAAGGUGCUGAGAGGGGUAUGGGCAUGCAGGACUGCAAAGGGAAAACAGAGAUCUAGGAUGAAAUGA